CUUACAUCAAAGAUCCAAGGAAAGAAAAUAAGGCGCAAGUUUUAAAGAUAAUUUUGAAAAUGCCGUUUGGACAAAUUGUGAUCGGCCCUCCAGCCACGGGAAAGACGACCUACUGUUGUGCUAUGACGGCGCACUUUGCAAAGAAUGGAAGAAAAGUUGCUGUUGUAAACCUCGAUCCAGCUAAUGACAUUUUACCUUACAAACCCGCCAUAGAUAUUGCCGAUUUGAUAAAACUAUCUGAUGUGAUGGAGAAAUUAAAACUGGGCCCAAACGGUGCACUUAUUUAUUGUAUGGAAUUUUUAGAAAAGAAUUCCGACUGGCUCUUAAAGGAACUAGAAAAAAUAAAGGACAGAUAUAUUCUCUUUGACUUUCCAGGACAAGUGGAACUUUUUACUCAUAACUCAUCGGUGAAAACCAUAGUAAAUCAUUUAGUGAAAGCAGAUUACCGUUUGACGUGUGUAAAUUUAAUUGACUCGUUUUGUUGUAGUGAAGUAGGGAAAUAUAUUUCAGCGUUGGUUAUCUCCCUUAAUACGAUGUUACAGAUGGAGUUGCCACAUAUUAACGUGUUAUCAAAGUUUGAUCUGUUUAAAAAAUGUAAAACGACAGCAUUUAAUGAAGAAUUUUAUACCGACGUUCUAGAUUUAGAAUUUUUAUUGGAUCAUUUACAGGCGGAUCCAGUUUUUAAGAAAUAUAAGAAGUUAAAUGAAAGUUUAAUCGGUGUUAUAGAAGGCUACAGUUUGGUUUCAUUUGUACCUUUAAAUAUUCAGGAUAAAGAAAGUAUACAAACUGUAUCAUCGGCUGUAGAUAAGGCUAAUGGAUAUUAUUUUGAUAGCAUAGAAAAAUAGUGAAGGUUGUUCAGUGUCCGAUUAGGCGAUUACUAACUAAUAACAGCCCUAUGGACUAUUGUACAUCAAUGUAACUGCGUUUGAGGAGCAGGAAAUGUUGGGUAAAACCAUAAAGAUUAUAUAAAGUACACGAAUAAAACAUUUGGAUUUGG